AAACAGUCAGUAGUAAGCUGGACUCGGUGCGUUGAGGACGCAGUGCGGCAGUGACUCUUUGCACCGUGCCACGUAAACUUACGCCAUAUGGAGGAUGUGUUGAUGUUGCGGCAGUCUAGGAAAUGCAACAUUGCGACUUUAACUUAACUAGAUAUUCUGCGUGUUUAGAACUGUUCGUGAGUUGUUACUAGGUAUCCGCCAAGAUGUUGAUGCAGAGGGUGCUCAAUGUCUUCUCCCAGAAUUCAAACCUGACCCUGUCGGUUGAGAGAUCCAAGCCCAAACCUGUUAUCAACGCAGUGCCUCGGGAGCACCACCCACAGCCGCAGCAGCCACAGCCUCAGCAGCAGCAGCAACAGCAGCAGCAACAGCAACAACAACAACAGCAGCAGCAGCAGCAUGCCCAUAAUAGCAAUCACCCGGCCACCACCAGCGCCUCCACCAACACAACCAACAACCCCCCACAUCUAAUCCACGCAGGCCAAAACCACGCGCCGCUUUGCCCCAACGUGGGUCACGCCCCCAACGCCGCCCCACUGCUCUACCACCACCACUACAUCCACAUCCCCGCCCCCCGGCCCAGCCCACCAAUCCUCGACAAUGAUGAGGACGAGGAUGACGGUGGAGGGAUAUCGGACAGGCUGUACCGAGUGGAAAAGACGGUGGAUGAGAAGGGCAAAGUUGUCUCCAAGGUUCUGGGCAAAGGAGGUUUUGGCACCGUGUACUCCGGCAACAGGGUGAAGGAUGGAGCGCCUGUAGCCAUCAAGUCAAUAGCCAAGGACCGCGUGCCAGCUUGGGGAGUGGUACAUGGAAAGCGGGUGCCUCUCGAGGUGGCCCUGCUGCUGCGGGUGGCCCACAUCCCUCAGGUUGUCCGCAUCCUCAAUUGGGUGGAGAAGGAACAUUCGUUUCUCCUCAUCCUGGAGCGGCCUGAGCCCUGUAAGGACCUCUACGAGUACGUGACGGAGCGAGGCCCCCUGCCCGAGGACGAGGCGCGAGAUCUGAUGCUGCAGGUGUUGCACAUCGUGAUGGCUUGCCACGCGGCGGGAGUGAUCCACCGUGACAUCAAGGACGAGAAUCUUCUGGUCACCACAGACAGACACGGCCGAGUCACACUUAAGCUCAUUGACUUCGGCUCCGGCGCCUUCUUCAUCAGGGACAAGAUUUAUACAGAUUUUGAGGGUACCAAGGUGUACUCCCCGCCCGAGUGGAUUGUGCACAAUCAGUACCAGGGCGUCCCGGCCACCGUGUGGUCUCUGGGCAUUCUACUGUACGACCUGGUGUAUGGAGACAUUCCCUUCGAGUACGAAGACCAGAUCGUGGAGGCCAAGGUGGUGACCCGCCCUGAAGUGUCCGAGGAUUGCAACAGUCUCAUUCAGUGUUGCCUUCAGGUGGUGCCUGACGACAGGCCAACCCUGGAGGAAAUGCUGCAUCACUCGUGGUUCCGGUACAAGGACUCCCUCACUCGGUCCAUCUCAACCCGCAGCGCGCCCGCCUCCGCUCCCUCACUCAUGCCCCACACCUCGGUCACCUCUCCGGUAGGCUCUUUAGGAUCAGUGGGGUCCUCUCAUAGCUCGGGGUCCCUGCCUCCCACACCCAGGACACAAGAUAGAUUGGAGUUCAUCUCGGCGUCCCCUCACAGCACCCAUCCCUCCACAUUGUGACGCCAACGGCGGGUAACCGCCAGCUAGUGUACGUCCGUGCCCUCUGCCACCGCCGACACCACUGUCUGCACUAAAACGCUUGUGUGCUGGUGGUAGUGGACGCCCCGAUGGCGGCGUCCGUGACCAAGCAAGGCGUGGUGGCAAGGGAUGCGCGGUCAGUAUCCAGCAUCAGUGCCCAGCUACCAAAGUCCAAUCGUCGUUAUCUUAGUGAGCGAUACACUUCAUAGCCGCAUCACCCAUCACACCCUCUCACCUCCUAGUAUUGCCUUGCAUUCAUUACCUUUAUUUCAUUUUAUCGUUUACGCGACAUAGAAUUACGUUGUGCUCUCGAGUUGCAGUUUCGGUUAACUGCUUCGAGAACAUUCUAAUCCAAGCAUGUUACAUUGUGGUGUGUGUAAGCGCCACUGGUACGCCUCAGCGACCGUCAGUGCGCCGUGUUGGUCCACACCAGGUGACGGCAGCGGCCCAGGUGAGGCUCGCUGCUCACUUUCCGGCGUAGUGGUGACCUUUCUACACCUGUGUUUUUCGAUCCAAUCUUUUUUUCUUUACAUCUUUCGUAGUCGUGUCAGGUUUUGAUAAGAAGUUUCGCCGCCGUCUCUUAAAACCCAAAUGAACAUAAAAAAUGGAAUGUAAACGUGCCACGUCCUUUGGAUUCUCUGACAUUCACCUUCUUACUGAAAAGGUUUCCUGGAAAAUCACGAGGACGUAUGUAUUCUUCUUGCAACUUUUUUUUUUUUUCUCAACCCCAUCAAUUUUAGUAUUUAUUCCUCGGCUCCCAUCACGACCACUCCCUCUCCCCUCCCCCGUCCCUCCCUCCUACCCUGCCAGCCCCUCACCACCCGUACCCUUACAUUCCACAAAUCACCUUGGUCACCCCAGUAUGUGUUGGAUGUAUAUUUCGAGUUUGCUUUCAUUGCCCGCUUGUACAUCAUGGAUCAAUUAUUUAUUGUAUUUAUUGAUGGGCUGAGCCGCUCUGGUAUCAGGGAGCCAAGGUUGGCUACGGGAAAUGCUCUCAGUCUCCUCCUGCAUUAAUUAUUCUCCAUGUAAUUUCUCAUGAGAACGCCACGCAGCGUCCCGUGUCAACUGGAGCGACCUGAUCAUCUUGUCCACUGGUGCUACAGAUCAUUCGCUGAAAAUAACACUAAUAUUGUAUUCGAUAUUUCGAAGUGUUUUAUUUUGGCUCUAAGAGUCGCGGAAUUUUCGUAUGAAAUAUUUUUCUGUAUUAAUUUGUGUACCAUUGCGUGUUUUACUGCUGUCUGCCAUUCUGUCAGGAGUAUGUUUGUCGCGGCUCAGGAAGCGCCUCGUGGCCUCCGAGGGGCGGGGCGGGCGGUGGGCGGCCUCCUGCACGCCUUGGCCAAAGGGGGACUGUCUCCUCCUGCUGGCGAGAGCACCUUUUUUUGAAACCAAAUUAUUUGCAUUCACAGUAAUAUUCAUGGAAUAUGAUGGACCAAACGCUAGUGUGAAGUGUUCCGCCAACAGGAGGCUAAGCCCUAAAGGCGCCCCCGCCACGCCCGCCCCUCCGGGAACCUUCCUCUCCGUGUAAUGCAUUCUAAGUCAGCCUUUAUCCUCGCUGUGCGUCAUAAAGGUGCGUCUGUAUAUUUGUGUUGUAAAUUAUGGUAAGGUAUGAAUUUAGAUUUAUUAAGUCUUAUUAUAUCGAUGUAUACGUCCAGCUGAUCAAGUCUCCAGGUAGCAUUGCUUUUUGGAAGUCUGGUGGGCGCCCUCACUCCUUAGCCGACCAGACUCCCAAGAACACCUUCCCUUUGCCCCGAGUUCCUGUGCUGUAUAAAAGCUUGUUUUUCUCCGUAUGAGGUGACACUGUAUUGAGACAAGACCAGUGUGAUCGUCCGCUCGACUUGGCGUCAACGGAGGCUCGAUAUGAGUCCCGGCCAGCGAGGCGGCGCCACUGGGUCAGUCUUGUCUGUGGUGAGCCCUCUCAUAGUGUCGAUAAGAAGUAAACUUUACGUUAGGUGGUGAGGUAACUAUGGUGUCUACUGGAAAAGUGUUUCAUGUUUGGCUGUUAUCUGUUUAUCUGUAAGUGCGCGAGGGAAGGAAUUAACAGGAAGCACAACCUCUACCUUUUUUUUUUAUUUUAAUUCAUUGCCGACGUAAAGAAAGUAAUGUCCUUGACGGAGACGUACUCUUGAGGCUGUUGCCCAGCGCGACAGGUCAUAAACACCUCCACCAUUGCCCCAAUGCGAGGACAGAGUGAGAGCGGACACACUGCCGGCCAGCCUUGCCCCGCUGCCUAGGGUGCUGCUGCGGGCGGCGGUGUCCAGUCAGCACUCGGUCCCCGUCUCGCCUCCGUGACUUGUGAUAGCACACAUUAACCAUUAGCACCACACUAUUAACACUAGUAUUGUUUGAGCAGAUUAGAAAGUAAUGUUACGCGAGUUAUUUUUUUCUUUACUCUUGUAGGUUAAUUAAUUACGUACACCAGCUUCUAGUGUUCGUUUUUACGUUUUCCAAUUGCUAAAGAAACAAAAGAUCAUUGUGGCUUUUAAAAUUUGUUGAAGCUUUCAUUUUGUACCAUAAGAGAUAAGAAUACGUUUGCCUCUUCCCUCACUCCCAACCUGCCCCAAUGCCCGGCAGGUGGAUCGAGGCCGCCAGUUCUGCUCCUUCGGCAAUACAACGUAAAGACCUCCCUUCAAGCAGACCACUUAACGAGAGAGAGAGAGAGAAAUCGGUAUGAUCUGAUCAGGUGCUAAAAGAUGUGCAGAGUUGUCUUCACCUGCAAGAGGGAACACAAAAGGGGCAUCAGAGAGAGAGAGUGUGUGUGUGUGUGUGUGUGUGUGUGUGUAAGAGAGAGGGUGGUUCCAUACUUCCAACACUUUUAAGCUGUAGUGGAAUCAAGAACCAUCAUCUCUCAGCGAAGUCAGUAAUUUGGAUUGAAUUGUUUACUUUUUUUUUUUCUCUCUUUUGUCAGUAAGAUACGUGGAAGCAAUUCUUGUUCACCAAAAUCCAUAUCAAAGUUCCUAUUUUUAUUGUACUGUGAAGUCUGAUGAAUGACUUGUCUCAUCAUGUACUGUGCGAGGAGGCCCCGUCAGUAUCAUUAUUAUCAUAUCAAUAUUUAUUAUAUUUAUGUGAGUGUGAUUAUUAUUAUUGCUCCUUUUUUUAUUUGUCUCCAUAUAAAAAUGAUUUUCAGCGGUGAAACGACGGUGAAGUGUGCGUGUGUGUGUGUGUGUGUUUGUAUGUGCGAGAGAACGGUAGGGAAAUAAGAGAGAGAGAGUCAGAGCACGAGUUGUUUGUCCUCAGUGUACUACGACCACCACCACCAGUGUUGAGACCAGUGUCACUCCGGGUGUGAGCCGUCACAGUAUUAGGGGUCCGGUGGGUGGCUGGCGGGCGAGGUCGAGUCACCGCCGCCUCCCACUCCCUUCAGACCAACACUCGUUCCUCUGCUCACCAUUCUCUCAGAUCAUGUUAGGCUCGUUCAACAUUGGUCGUAGUGUUACAUACGUACAUGUCUCUUGUCAAAGGCAUUUUCGUUAGUUUCCAUGCGAAAAUUAUUCACACACAGGAUUUUUUAAGUCGGUUUUUUGCUGUCACGCGUGUGAGGGCUGGCAGCGGCGUGUGUCCCGGCCUGAGCGACGCGUCUCAUCCCUUGCUCGUCUACCGUCUCAGAAGUCGUACUGUAUUAUAUUUAUUGAUGAAGUAUAAAUAUAAUAUUUCCCGGAAAUCAUGUUUGUAAGAAGAAGUAUUUUUGUAAAAACGUAAAAAAAUCCAUGUGUAAUGAAUAAAUUUUUAAGUUUGA